AUGAAUUCAGUUACCGUACCUUUAAGCGUUAUUAAAUUUUCUGAAUUGGAAAAGUGUAUUACAUCUUUUAAAUUAAAGGCCGUUAGUUAUACUUCCAACGAGGCUGGUGGAAUGCAAUUUAUUGUCAUUAUGAGGAAUACCUAUUCUAUUAAACGAUCAAAUACAAGAUUAAAGAGAUUCUUGUCGACAAUGAAAGAGUCUACAAAUAAUUUAAAUGACUCUUUUUGCAAUUAUUUUCAUGUUAUCAAAAAUGACAACAUUUUUGAAGAAUAUUUAGCCUCCAGAAUAUUUGGAACAAAAAAUGUUGAAACUAAUGAAAUUUAUGAUGUUACCGGGAAAGCGUUUGGAUCUUUAUUUGAUAAAGAGUGGCUGCAUUGCGAUAUAAUAGAUACAUAUCUUAAUGAAUGGCGAAGACGGAUGGGAGAAAUUAUUUGCAAUUCUUCUAAUAUGGAUAAAAUUCGUAUCAAAAUUUAUAAUACCUUAUUAUAUACAAGAUUGACACGUGGAGUUAAGAUUACUUCACUUAAACCUAUUCCCAAAAAAACAUACAUGCGAAUUCAGGAUAAUGCUAGUAGAAUUGCAAAUGAAAAAGUUUACCAUUUUUCAAAAAUAUGUGGUUCUAUUUUUGAUUUUGAUGUUCUUAUAAUUCCUAUACAUAUAGAUGAUCAUUGGAUAACUGGAGUUAUUCACAGACCACAAAAUUGUUUAGUAGAAAUAAAAAAAUUUGAUGAUGAUUCAAUGGAAGUAGAUGAUGAUAUUCAUUCAUCUGUUUUCGUUUUUGAUUCACUUGCUACUGAUUUUACUGUAAAUAAACACGUUUGUACGGCGGUUCUUAAAGAGUAUGUUGAAGCAUGUUAUAAAUCAUUAAAAGAAAAAUUUCUUGGAAAAGAUUGGCAUUUUAAUAAAGAUAAAAUAAGAACAAUUAAAAUACAAACUCCAUAUCAACAAAGAAAUGGAUAUGAUUGUGGUUUAUUUAUGCUUGAAUUUAUACGUCAAAUUAUGAUAAACCCAAAUUCACUUGAAAAAUUGGUUAAAGGUGAACCAAUGACGAAUGUAUUUCCGAAAUUUAGUGUUAGUCUAAGUAGAAAUUAUUUAAAAUUGUUUGUAUAUUCAAAAGUAGAUUUGCAAAAAUGGAUUAUUUUACGUGAAAUGGAAGAGUAUUUUCUAAACGAUGGUAGCAAAAAAAAAUUAACCGGUCGCCGAUCAAAAUCUGUCGAGCCAAAAAAAAGUAUAGGUAUUGAAAGCAAAUUUAAAUGGAUAAAAAAUUUUUCUUAUUCUUAA